UGAAGAAGUAGCAGGAGGAGAACUAAAUUUACAGGAAUUUACUAAUUUAGAAAAGCUAAAAAUUAAUCUUCAACUUUUAAAAACUCCUCUUACUAAAUUAAAUAUAAAUGAAGAAUUAGGAAUUAGUGAAAAUAAGGAAAAAAAAGCAUUAGUUAAAGAAAUAAGGAAAUUAAUUGAAUUAUUUGCCAAUCAAAAUAAUAAACAGAUUAGUAUUUAUUUUGCCACAGAAAAAGCACCCCAGGAGAAGUUAGAAAAUAAAAACGCAACCUGGGAAGAAAAAGAAGGAGUAUAUACUAUUUAUCUUCAAUUAGAAAGAGAGUAUAAAAAAGAAUUUGAAUUAUUAUUAAAUCCUGCUACUUUUCCUACUGAAAAACUGGAAAUUAAGGAAUUUUUAAUUAUUUAUUAUCCUAGUUUAGAGGAUAUUAUUGAUAAUCAAAUUAGUCAGAUUGUAGAAUUAGUCGAAUUAAUUAGUGAAGAAUUAAGCAAAAAUCCAAAUGAGGAAGAAUUAAAGAGAUUAGUUAUUAAAGUCACAGUUAAUUAUAACUCUGAACAAUCCGAAUACAUUAUUCAAGUCCAAUAUCAAUCGCAAAAUCCUCGUCAGGAAAAAUUAAAAGAAAUAAUCACCAUCAUUCCUUUGCAAGCCGAAAUAGAACUAUUAAAAGAACAAAAAAGUCAAUUACCUACUCCGGAAAAGUUAAUUCAAUUAGAACAAGAGAAAAAACAAUUAGAAGAACAAUUGG